UACCUAUAAAACUAACAGCGCUCCGUCUCCGACCGAGCAUUGAACGACUUGGCGUCAACACUAUAGGGAUCAUCGCCGAUUGGAGACGAAUCCAACAUUUACAAUCAGCGAAAGGAUUUCAGAGUUUAGAUCGGUGGAUCACUAUGCUUACCUUCCAACUCACUUACAUGCUCGUUCUCCUGGCCACGGUCUUCCUGAUUGACAAGUGCCACGCGCAUCCCGCGAUCGCACAACGACUCGAGCCGAGACCGCUGUGCGUAGGUUGUGGCGACAAAUGCGAGCAAUGCGAGUUCGGUUACACAACGUCGACUCUCUGCGGUAUCUCGGAAUGCCGAAGGGGCCCCGGACAUAUUUGUGGUGGUCCAAGCGAUUCUUGGGGAGUGUGCGGCGACGGAUUGAUCUGCAGUUGCAAUCGCUGCACUGGUUGCAGCGUGGACAACCUCACGUGUUUCGCGAACACUUGUUUGCCCCAUCAGAGCCUGGAGACGCGGAGCUAUCCCGAUAUCUUCGACAACUUCCCCAUCAACCGAUUCGCCAAGUAAACGAAAACCUAAACCAACCCCCGGAUGGACGAAAAAAACGACGAAUGGAUGAGACGACGAAUGUGAGAGAAGCGAAUGAAAUGAGAAAGAUAGAGAGAAACGCGGAUAUAUAUAUUAGUGAUUUUCCGAAUUAUUUAUUACAUUUCACGAUAUAAUCCCAUUAGAUAUCUUCAAUUGUGAUAGAUAGCCGUCGGAGCCUCGUCUCUACCCAUCCUCAUCCCCAUUUCCCGUUCCCGCGAGACGGCGGUGCCC